AGAAAUGGUAACAACUCAGAUGGCAGCAUCAUCCAUAUCUGCUAAAGGGUUUGUUUCAUUUGAAGGACUUAGGUCUACUAGUAAUGUAAAGAUUGCAUCUUUUGGUCAUUUGAAGCAGAAUAUGAGGUUUUUUCAUGGACUUGUUGUUAAGGCUGCAACUGUUGUUGCUCCUAAGUACACUUCAGUUAAACCUUUGAGUGAUAGAGUUUUGGUGAAGAUUAAGACUGCAGAGGAGAAGACUGUUGGUGGUAUCCUACUUCCAACAACAGCACAGUCAAAUCCACAAGGAGGUGAGAUUGUUGCUGUCGGAGAGGGUCGUUUAAUUGGGAAGAGUAAAGUGGAAAUUAGUGUGAAGACUGGUACCCAAGUGUUGUACUCAAAAUAUGUGGGAACCGAAGUGCAGUUUGAUGGAUCAAAGCACCUGAUCUUGAAAGAGGAUGACAUUGUUGGUAUUCUCGAAACAGAAGACAUCAAAGACCUGCAGCCCUUGAACGACAGAGUUCUAAUCAAGGUGGCCGAGGCUGAGGAAAAAACUGCUGGAGGAUUGUUUUUGAGUGAGUCCUCAAAGGAGAAACCUUCGAUUGGCACGGUAGUAGCCGUUGGUCCCGGUCCUCUUGAUGAGGAAGGAAACAGGACAUUACUUUCAGUAUCCCCUGGAAAUACAGUUUUGUAUUCCAAAUAUGCUGGCAAUGACUUCAAAGGAGCUGAUGGCUCUGAUUAUAUCACAUUAAGGGCAUCUGAUGUAAAGGCUGUGCUUUCAUAGAUGAAUAAUCACUCUUUUCGAUCGAAGAAGAAUUGAAGAGAGGUGAUUAGAGAGAACAUGACACAUC